AUGUUGCAGGCAGAGACCGUGCAAACAUGCGUCUCAAUUGCGUAUGUCGGCGUGCUCCUCAGCCUAGCAACAUCAUUCACAUACUAUUCAAAACGGUAUUUCCUCUCUACAGGUCGCAGUUUCCUAUUUUUCUGGCUCAUCUUUGACGCACUUAUCCACAUUUUUCUGGAAGGACCCUUUGUGUAUCUCUCAGUGAAUGGACGCACAGUGAGCUCUUCGAAUGGCUUCUUUGCAUCCUUAUGGCAAGAGUAUAGCCAUGCGGACUCUCGGUGGGGCGUUGCCGACCCAGGCAUCGUUUCGGUAGAGGCGCUUACUGUUCUGCUCAAAGGCCCCUUGGCUCUUUACACGGCAUGGCUUGUUUUAAAGUCCAAUGAGAAAUAUCACAUCUACCUAUGCUUUUUGUGCCUUUCAGAGCUGUAUGGUGAUUACAUGACGUUCGUUCCUGAAUGGUUUACCAAUACCGCCGCUUUAGAUACGCAGGAUCCUUUGCACUUGUGGUUUUAUUUGGUCAUAAGCAAUGGUGUGUGGGUUGUCAUUCCCGGAUUUCUUCUGAUUCAGAGCACGUGUGCCCUGAGUCGGAUGGUAGAUGCUGUGUCGGUCAAGUCACAAUCAUCAUCUAAAAAAGCGGUGUAG